CAUUUUUAAAAUUUUGGUGAUUUUUUAUUACAUUGGAGCGAAAAUGUAGCAAAAUUCUAAGAGGCAAAAAUGAAAAAAAUCAAAGUAAAGAAACACAAAAUCCUUAAAAUAAAAGACAAAAUGAUAUGACACGUCAUCGAUCCUCGUCAAAACCGUCGAUAGAAAACAAAUCAACGGUUAGAUUUAAUAGUAAUCUUUCUUCUCAUCCUUUCGUCUCUACUCCUCCGCCUCUCUCUCCCCAACCUAACUUUAUUUAUUUCUCUCACAAAAAUUUUAUUUUCACAAAAACAAAAAAAUCAAAAGAGCUCUCAGAGCAAAAAACAAAAAAAAAGAAAAAAAAACCCUAAAUCUAAAUCUCACCUUCCACCUCUGUCUUUUUUUUUUUUGUUCUUUUUUUUUUUUUUACUGUAUCUUCUCUUCUCUUUGCUCUGCAAAAAUCUCACAUCCAUGGAUCCAUCUCUUGGUGAUCCUCAUCAUCCUCCUCAGUUCACCCCUUUUCCUCAUUUUCCCACCUCCAAUCAUCAUCCUUUAGGACCAAAUCCGUACAAUAACCAUGUCGUCUUCCAACCGCAGCCGCAAACGCAAACGCAAAUCCCGCAACCGCAGAUGUUUCAGUUAUCUCCACAUGUUUCAAUGCCCCACCCUCCUUACUCCGAAAUGAUUUGCGCUGCGAUUGCGGCGUUAAACGAACCGGAUGGUUCGAGCAAGAUGGCAAUUUCGAGAUACAUCGAGAGAUGUUACACCGGUUUAACUUCUGCUCAUGCUGCUUUGUUGACUCACCAUCUCAAGACUUUGAAGACCAGUGGUGUUCUUUCUAUGGUUAAGAAAUCUUACAAAAUUGCUGGUUCUUCUACUCCUCCUGCUAGUGUAGCUGUUGCUGCUGCUGCCGCCGCUCAAGGUCUCGAUGUUCCCAGAUCUGAGAUUCUCCAUUCAAGUAACAACGAUCCCAUGGCUUCUGGCUCUGCUUCUCAGCCUCUGAAACGAGGUCGUGGUCGUCCUCCUAAGCCUAAACCUGAAUCUCAACCACAACCACUACAGCAACUUCCACCGACCAAUCAAGUCCAGGCUAACGGACAGCCAAUCUGGGAACAGCAGCAAGUUCAAUCACCUGUUCCGGUUCCGACUCCGGUUACAGAGUCGGCGAAGAGAGGACCUGGUCGUCCAAGGAAGAACGGUUCUGCUGCUCCUGCUACUGCACCAAUCGUUCAAGCUUCGGUUAUGGCUGGAAUUAUGAAACGUAGAGGUAGACCACCGGGUCGUCGAGCUGCUGGGAGACAGAGGAAGCCCAAAUCCGUUUCUUCUACUGCCUCUGUGUAUCCUUAUGUUGCUAAUGGUGCUAGACGCAGAGGAAGGCCUAGGAGAGUUGUUGACCCUAGCAGUAUUGUUAGUGUUGCUCCAGUAGGUGGUGAAAAUGUGGCAGCGGUUGCGCCAGGGAUGAAGCGUGGACGUGGACGACCACCUAAGAUUGGUGGUGUUAUCAGUAGGCUUAUUAUGAAGCCUAAGAGAGGACGAGGACGUCCUGUAGGUAGACCCAGAAAGGUAAAUUUUCACAUCCCCCAAUUCUGUAUUCGUGAUCUCGAUUUUGCAAUAUCUGACGUUUACUGUGCAUGAUUGUUCACUGCUCCGCCGUCAAUUUAGAUUGAUAAAGUUUGAUACUUGUGUUGCAAUCAUUGUGGAAUUCAAACUCAAUGUCACUUUCCGCUUUUGAGCAUUGUUGUCUGUUUUCGCGUAUCCAAAAUCUGACUAGUAUCUAGUGUUUUUAUUAUAUUUUCGUGUCCCUUACUUUUGGCUUAUCCUUAUCUGGUUUCUCUGUUUUAUUUUAAUUUUCGUUUGGAUAAUUAAGACCAAAAUAGUCGGUAAUGUAUCGCUAUAGCUAGGAAUAAUUUUAUCAUCAAUUAGUGUGUUAAUCCGGCUUAAUGGUUUCUAAGUCAUCACAUAGUGUCUUCUUCUCUGUAUCUUCUAUUUUACUAGUAACGUGUUCAAUUGGAUCUAAAAUUGGAACAUCAGUCACGACUGGGACACAAGAUUCUGGAGAACUCAAGAAGAAGUUUGAUAUUUUUCAAGAGAAAGUGAAAGAAAUUGUGAAGGUGUUGAAGGAUGGAGUUACAAGUGAGAAUCAAGCAGUGGUGCAAGCCAUAAAAGAUCUGGAAGCACUAACAGUGACGGAGACCGUUGAGCCACAAGUUAUGGAAGAAGUGCAGCCAGAGGAGACUGCAGCACCACAGACUGAAGCUCAACAAACUGAAGCUGCUGAGACACAAGGAGGACAAGAAGAAGGACAAGAAAGAGAAGGAGAAACACAGACCCAGACAGAAGCAGAGGCAAUGCAAGAAGCUCUGUUCUGAAGAAUAAUAAUGAUCUAGAAAACAACCUAGACAUAAUAGCCUUGGUGUUUGGCGUUAGGAGUGUUUUUUUUUAGUUGUUUUAGGUGUUGGAAUCGCAUCUUAAAUUAUAUAAAAAUCUAUAAGGAAUUUUAAUUUUUCUAGGUUUUGUUGUCUGCAGAAGAAGAAAUAGUAGACUCGUUAAUGGUGUUGUUGUCGGUGUGUCUUUAACCAAACCAUAAGACGUGGCUGUAAAUUAGCGAUGUUUCUAGUCUUCCAUCUUUAAUAAUCUCUUAUUGCGUCUGUGCCUUUGUUUUUUUCAAUCUGUCUUCUGCUCUCUGCUUCCGCUUUGCACAUUGUGGAGAUGUUUUCGUGUCUAUUUUCCACCCAACGGUUUUAGCAGGUCGACUCUUACUUAAUUUCUUACUAAUAAUAUCUUCAUUUC